AUGAGGAAGAAGAGGAAAGGGAGUGAAGCGGAUACGGGUGAGAAUGCACAAGAGGAUUAUAAUAGGUUUGAAAUAACACCAGCAUGCGAUUUGAAAUCAUCGAAUGUUAGGUCUCAUUACUCGUUAGAAGAUUAUAAUAGGUUGAAGAAGAGGUGCAAAGAAGAUGUUGGUAGGGAACCCGUUACUUCUUUCAAAAGUAGGCUUGCAGGCAUUGCUACUGCCCCGCCUUGUGGUGCUUCAUCAUCGUUGGUGCCACCUGGAAGAGGGCUUAAGAGGAAGAUAGGGUGCAUAGAUGUCGCAACUCAGACGGGUAGGAAAAAUAGGUUUGAAGAUGACUAUGUUUUGGGGGAUGCUAUCGGGCGUGGUAAAUUUGGCUCUGUUUGGUUGUGCAGGUCUAAGGUUACUGGUGUCGAGUUUGCUUGUAAGACUUUGCAGAAGGGAGAGGAGACCGUUCAUAGGGAGGUAGAGAUAAUGCAGCAUUUGUCUGGUCAUCCUGGUGUGGUGACAUUGCAUGCUGUGUAUGAGGAGUCGGAGUGUUUUCAUCUUGUGAUGGAGUUGUGCUCUGGAGGACGUUUGAUUGAUCAGAUGGUUGAUGAGGGACAGUACUCAGAGCAACGCUCUGCUAAUAUAUUCAAGGAUGUGAUGUUGGUUAUUAAGUAUUGUCAUGACAUGGGGGUUGUGCACAGAGAUAUAAAGCCUGAGAAUAUACUUCUAGUGAGCUCAGGCAAGAUGAAACUUGCAGAUUUUGGCCUGGCCAUGAGAAUUUCAAAUGGUCAGACCUUAUCUGGUUUGGCUGGAAGUCCAGCAUAUGUUGCCCCUGAAGUUCUGUUGGGAAACUAUUCCGAGAAGGUCGACAUUUGGAGUGCUGGUGUCCUCCUACAUGCUCUGUUGGUCGGGGGCCUUCCAUUUCAAGGUGACUCCUUAGAGGCUGUUUUUGAGGCAAUCAAGAAUGUCAAGCUUGAUUUUCACACUGGGAUAUGGGAGUCAAUAUCUAAACCUGCACGUGAUCUAGUUGCAAGAAUGUUGACAAGGGAUGUCUCAGCCAGGAUCACUGCAGAUGAAGUACUGAGGCAUCCAUGGAUUUUGUUCUACACUGAGCGCACCUUAAAGACAUUGUCCAUCAGGUCAAAAACAAAGAAUCAAGUUGCAGCAACUUCCUGCCAGCCUGCAAGUGCGCCUGUAUUUGUGUCACAUGGAAACCAUGUAGGAGUUGGCUCUCCAGAAAAGGACUCAAAUCAGCAUUCAUCUGAUAGUCUGAGCUGCAAGGCAGAAGAGCAGGACGAAUGUGGUUUGGUUGACGCACUUACAGUGGCAAUUUCCCAUGUUAAGAUAUCGGAGCCAAAGCGAAGUAGAUUGUGUGGACCCACUGGCCCAAUGGAGCAGCAGUGUUCAUCUAACAUCACGGCUAACAAUCUGUGUAGAGCAUUUUGA